UUCCUAUAGUGGUAAAAUAAUUUACCAAUUUCUACUCUGAAAAAACUUAAUAUGAAAAAAUUCUAUUAAAUUCAAUAGCGCAUGCUUAUACUGUUACUGAUCCGACCCGAAAUUUUCAAUAUUUGAAUAAUCAGCGAAAGUGGAUUUAUUGAAUAAAGCAAUGUUGUAAACUCUGCCUGGUGACAAUAAAUGCAAAUGCUCCACCACAGUCCACAAUAUAAAAUAUGUCAAACUAACAAAUGCUCAAUUGUAAUUUUUUUGUCAUUAACAAUUUUUCAGUUCAAUAAUAUUUGAGUGAAGAUUUGAUUUCGUCACUACAAAAAACAUGCGGUUAAAAAUAAACUAAACUAAUUUUUUACAUCAUCGAUAUACCAAAUCAAUAUCAACGGCAGCAAAUUCUUUUGAUCCGGCGGAGAUUAUAAUAAGAUAUCAAUUUCGAACAAAAAAAAAAAACAACAAAACAACGAUGUAAUUUGGCAUAUCGCAGACCAAUGUAACUGUAGUCGACAAAUUAAAAGUCGUUUACACAUUUCAUUUUGUUAGAGAAGGGAUUGAAUCAAUAACAAAGGGGUAACACGCUCAUAGCAAUUCGCAAACAAAGUGCAGUAUACGCAAUUGAGUUCAUCGAAUAUUGAAUAUCACCGACAACCGUUUAAUAAGUAUAACGCAUUGAACAACAACAAUAAAAUAAUAUUAAUUUUAUAUUGCAUAAGAAUUCGCGUGCCCUGGCAUGUGAGAAAGUGCGUGCGCGUGCGUGUGGCGGCAAACACAUACCGUACAAACGUAACUCAUCAUUGUUACACGCCGUCAAUAUCAAUAUCCCUGGAGUUUUUUUUUAGUCGUUGUAAUUGAAAUUUUUUUUAACUUCACGUCUAUAAGUUAAAUUCACAAUUUUCGUUAAACUUCAAUAAGCACUUUCUUACACUAACCAAGUACUUGGUUUUGUGAUUAUUUUGCAAAUAUUUGCAAAACCAUUCAUUUCUGCUGCACCAAUCCACAUUUCAGUUUGCUGGCUGCUAAGGCGAUAAGAAACGCAAAAUUGCGACCACAGCAAUAGAAAUGCAAAGACGAGAAAAUCGUGAAAGGCAGAGCUCUGGUGGUGGAACACAGGCUGCUGGAACAUCAGGUACCGGUGGUGGUGGCGGCGGCGGAGGUGGUGGAGGCGGCGGCGGAACGCGUAACACAACCAGCUCUGGCAACAUGUAUGCCACCCGCCAAGCUGUAGGCGCCUCCACGGGGGUACUUAUGGUCGGACCAAAUUUUCGUGUUGGUAAAAAAAUUGGCUGUGGUAAUUUCGGAGAACUGCGUUUAGGCAAAAAUCUGUACAACAAUGAACACGUAGCAAUAAAAAUGGAGCCUAUGAAGUCAAAGGCUCCACAACUACAUUUAGAGUAUAGGUUUUAUAAACUAUUAGGAUCACAUGAUAAUUGUCCAGAGGGUAUACCGCGUGUGUAUUAUCUGGGCACAUGUGGUGGCCGUUAUAAUGCCAUGGUAUUAGAGUUAUUGGGACUGUCCUUAGAAGAUCUCUUCAAUAUUUGUUCCCGUAAAUUUUCUCUUAAGACUGUACUGAUGAUAUCUAAGCAACUUCUCCACCGGAUCGAAUAUGUUCAUAGUCGGCACUUAAUAUAUAGGGAUGUGAAACCGGAGAAUUUUCUCAUCGGCAGAACAUCAACGAGACGGGAAAAGAUUAUACACAUAAUUGAUUUCGGUUUGGCCAAAGAAUACAUUGAUUUAGAUACAAAUAGGCAUAUACCAUAUCGGGAGCAUAAAUCUCUCACCGGCACCGCACGUUAUAUGUCAAUAAAUACACAUAUGGGCAGAGAGCAAUCAAGGCGCGAUGAUUUAGAAGCAUUAGGACACAUGUUCAUGUAUUUCUUAAGAGGUUCACUGCCGUGGCAAGGCCUUAAGGCUGAUACACUUAAAGAACGAUAUCAAAAAAUUGGUGAUACAAAACGUGCAACACCCAUUGAGGUGCUUUGCGAUGGACACCCCGAAGAAUUUGCUACAUAUUUACGUUAUGUGCGGCGAUUAGAUUUUUUUGAAACGCCCGAUUAUGAGUUUCUGCGAAGACUGUUUCAAGACUUAUUCGAUCGUAAAGGCUAUGUGGAUGAUGGAGAAUUCGACUGGACAGGGAAGACAAUGGGUUCAAGUACAAAAAAGUUGAUCGAUAAAUUUUAACGCAGUCUUUACUAAACAAUUCUUUUUAAAUAUAAAGCGCAUAGCAAGUAAACAAUCGAACUGAAACUGUUGCAACAACAACAACACGCUGCAAUCAAUUGCCAUACAAAAUUGUCGUGAAGAAAUCAAGCAGUUGAAAUAUAAUGGCGGAUGCAAUCCAAUUGAAUUUCUAACCGAUAGGCGAAACCCGUACAAUUUGUGUCAAUUGAAAAUGAAACUACCGCUACUACAACAACUAAUAGUAUUUCCUUCCUGCUGGCCUAGUCAUGAUAAUGUAUGAAUGUAUAUGUGCGCUGUUUGUUGGCACUACCACAGUUGCAUACAAUUAUCGAUUGUCGCGGCAACCAAUCAAUGAAAAAAAUAAUAAAAAAAAUAAAGCGAAAUGAGCAAACGUGCGCGAAAAGCAAAAAACUGUAAUUUAAUAAGCAACUCAAGCAAAUAAAAACAAAAAAACAUUAAAAGAAGCACUCAAGCCUAAAGCAAGCAUAUUUCGUUCGUUCAGUGCAAACAACAAACAUCUGCUGAUGUACGUGGCCCCCUCUAUUUCCACUUCCGAAUAAGUCAUUGCAACAUAAAAUUAUAAAAAAUUUAUUCCUUAGCAAACUUAAUGUAAUAAUUACUUUCUAACAACAAUUUAAAUAUCUAUUUGUAUAGAAUUAUUCACUUUACAUUAUUAAAUUUUUAA